AUGGCCGAAGAUGGAUCAAAGAAGAAGGCCCCGAAGCCACCCAGGAAUCGCAGAGAUGUGAAUCUUGAAAUUCAAGCAAGGCUGUCCGGCAUGAAUAAAAAUCUGCUCGCUGAUGGCAAAGCGAAGCCUAGAAAAAUCAGUAGUGCAUCGAAAAGUACAAAGCGUCCGACGUCGGGAUCAUUGGAAAAGGUGGUGGAGAGGAAACGUGCAUCCACAUCUGCUAAGAAGAUGACACCUCCUAAGGGACAAUUUUCUGGAAGGCUGGAACCGACCCAAAGGAGUUCGAUAAUGAAAACACCUGAACCAAAGGGACCCGGUAAAAGUUUACCAGAAGAAAGCAAGGCAACAACAGGUGGUGUGAAGAUUGAAGAUGACAAAACACAGCUCGUGAACGGAGGCUCUGAUCUGUCGUCUACUUUAUCGAACCGGCAAACGGAUGUACCAGAUGCAAAAGCUAACAAAAUGGAGUUGGCUACAAAGAAAGUCGAAAAGAAAGCUCGUACUCCCAAACACUACACCGACAGACAACUUAAAAUUAAGCGUUCACGAGAAUUGGAUGCACGGAUUGCACAGCAGGUUCGUGCUGAAAUCGAUAUUCGAAGGGAGCUCGAGGAAAUGCUAAAAGAUUCAAAUUUCAGAAGUUUGAAUCCUGGGGGCGUUUUAAAAGCGUAUGUUGCCCAAACAAUGGCUUCGGGUUGCCAGCCGAUGUACAACUCCGUGCUUUCGUCUUUCUAA